AUGCAGUUCUCUCUCGCCAUCCUCACCACGCUUUUCCUCGGCACCGCCACCGCCGCCGCCCUGCCCGCCGCGCCCGAGGGCCAGGCCGCGGCCGCCAAGACCCUCGUCAAGGUCAACCUCCCCGCGCCCGACAACUGGCUGACGGGCUCGCGUCUUUUCCCUGCCAACAUCAUCGCCUCGUACAACGCCGAGCUCAAGGACUACGCAACGGCCGACGCCUGGAACGCUUUUGUCCUGGACAAGUGCCAAAGCUUCACGGCCUGCACCUCGACUGCCAGCUACCAGGCCAUCAACAGCGGCAGCACAGGCGGCCGCUACUGGUUCGGCGAGGUUUACCGUGGUGGCGCCACCACCCCCGCCGACUAUGAGCGCGUUCCUGACGCGGCCUUUGGCGUGACCAACUCGCAGAUGUAUACCAUCCAGGCUUAG